AGCCUGUGCCGCAAAUGCGAAGGAAGAUUCAGGUAUUUAAGAGAGUGUUCACCAAAAAGUGAUGCCGAAUGCACAUGCAAGGAUGGGUAUCACUGCAGUGGAAAUGGCUGCUCCCGCUGCGACAGAAACUGCGGCGUGGGCAAGGAGAACACGGGGAGCGGUUGCCAAACUUGCCGCUUUGGAACCUUUAAUGAUCAACCCAAUGGCUUCUGUAAAAACUGGACAAAAUGCUCUGCAACUCAGGUCCUGGAACCCGGAACUGCAAUGAAAGAUGUGAUUUGCAGACACACUUUAGAUAGUCCUGCUUUAACCACUACUCUAGCCACCACUUCUCCUGCCUUUCCCUUUACUAUCAUGGUGCCAGGGAAGGACCCCCACAUGGACAUCAUCAGUAUUUCUCUUGCUGUAACUGGGCUGUUGUGCAUACUGUUUCUGUUGCCUUUUUGCAUAUGCUUCAACAUCUGGCAGAAAAAGAAACUAUGUGCUGUCUUCAAAAAAAUGUAUACCACAUUCGAACAAUCAACUCAAGAAGAUGAUGCCUGCAGCUGCCGCUUUCCUGAGGAAGAGCAAGAUCAGCUUAAGAGAGGCAGUGGAAACACUGAGAAAAGCUGUGGUUGACUUGAUCUCAGAAAUAGAUGUUACAAUGCAGCUGGACUGCAACAUCUUGAAGCCCUACAUCAUUCCACUUUGAUCUUUUAAAUGUUAUAAAUAUAUUAUGUACCUUGCAGAUGUGGUAAAUGUAGAAUGUGAUACAUUUCUGUUACUAUUUUUGUAACUCUGAGGUUGGAAAGAUUUUAACAUCAAACAGUGUAUCUGCCUUUUUGAUCAAUUACUGUUACCUUAGUCUUAAAAGAGAAAAAAAGAAAAUGUAUGAUUGAGUCACGGCAGUGGCAGUAAUAUUUCUAAGCUUU